AUGCAUGCACUACGCUCCCUUCUCUUCUUCCUCCCGUCCCUGGCGGCGGCAUGGUCUGCCCCAAACUACUCGGGCUACACCCUUCUCUGGCAGGACCCUUUCAAUGGUGCCGGCGGCUCCCAGCCCGACACGGGCACCUGGAACUACAUCACGGGCUUGCACGUCAACAACGAGCUGCAGGAGUACACGACCUCGAGCCGGAACCUGCAGCUGUCGGGCGGCAGCACGGUGCAGCUCGUCCCCUGGCACGACAGCUCCAACCCGACCCAGGGCUGGACCUCGGCCCGUAUCGAGAGCAAGUACACCUUCACGCCGGACGCCGGGCGCAUCACCAUGGCCGAGGCGCAGAUCCGUUUCGGCGACAACCCGACCAAUCGCAAGAAGGGCAUGUGGCCCGCCUUCUGGAUGCUCGGCGACUCGAUCCGCCACGGCACGGGGUGGCCCGCCUGCGGCGAGGUCGACAUCCUCGAGAUGGUCAACGGCGCGCUGACGGGCUACGGCACUGUGCACUGCGGGACCAGCCCCGGCGGGCCGUGCAACGAGAACAACGGCAUCGGCGGCAACACGGGCGUCGCGGACCAGGGGUGGCACACGUGGCGCGUCAUGAUCGACCGCAGGUCCAACAACUGGCAGAGCGAGAGCAUCACCUGGUUUCUGGACAACAACCAGUACUUCCAGGUUACGGGCUCGCGGGUUAACAACCAGGCUGCUUGGAACGCGCUGGCUCACUCGCCCCUGUUCUUCAUUCUCAACGUUGCUGUUGGCGGCAACUGGCCCGGCAACCCCGAUAGCAACACCCUGGAUGGUUACGGAUCGAUGAUGGAGGUUGCGUACGUGGCCACCUACCGCUCAAACUAG